GUAUGCAUGUUUCGGUGCCGUGCGCAUGGACGCACAGAACACAGCCCAUCACUGCCUUAAGAUGGGCGGCUUCGCAAAUUCGAAGGGCAGGGUGUUCAGUGCUCUUUCUUGACUUCUCUCUCUUUCAAACUACACAACAGGAUGGCCCUCGCCAAAUUGUUGACGAUUGCAUUCCUUAUGCGACAUGUCACAGGCGAGACAGAUUGUUUCUUUCCAAACCAUCAGCGAGCAGAGAACUUCACCACGUGCAAUGCCGGGGCACCCCACGCUGCCUGCUGUCGUCCGGAAGAUGUUUGUCUUUCGAAUGGGUACUGUCUGCAGCAGGGCGCCGGCCUUCCCAAUCGUCUCAUUCGAGGCGGUUGUACGGAUUACACAUUCUCCAGUUCAGCGUGUCCAGCAAAAUGCGCCGACACCGCACAAGACGUACCGGUGACCAUAUUUCUUGCGCGCGAUAGCAGACCGAAUGGCGACUUCUGUUGCGUAAGCAAUUUCAAUGUCACGUCCGGAAACUGUAUAGUCCCAAGUGGUGGAAGCUCAAGGCCGUUUUCCCUCAGUCCAGGCACCGUCAUCUACGACCGCAGCACGGGGGAUCUACUACCAGAAAAUUGGACUGCCACUGCGCAAGAGCCUGGGGUGGUGGUCGCUUCGGCUGCUGGUAACAACGUCAGCAUGGGUGCAAUCAUUGGCGUUGCUGUACCACUGGGUGUUCUCCUCCUGGCAGCUUUGGCUGGCUGUUUCAUACUUUGGAGACAGCUGAAAAAGGUGAAAGCGGCGCAAGGUAGCGCACAUCAUAGCGGUGAAUGGUCGGAAGGGAAGGAUUCAAGACCUGAAGAGUACGAUUAUGGGACUGCGCCAGGCUAUGUUGCAGUGGCGAACGAGAAGUCGGAUCGGUUGCAACAUCAUCCUGAGCUACCAUCACCGGACCAGCGACAUUCCCAACCACAUUAUACCCAACAAUAUAUCGCUGAAGCACCGACAGAGGGCGAGGUCCAAAUGGCGGACAGCCGGAGCGUGGGCAGGUGACAUCGGGCCGGCAAGACAUGACACUGCGAAAGCCAAAUAUUGCGGUUCGAGAGUAGAUGAGAAUGUAGCAUUAUUCGAAUCAGAGCGAAAUGGCCCAGGGGCUGAGAGCGCAUGUGAUCAGACGCACGCUCAGCCCGCGCUGUGAUACCUUGACUAGGAGCACAGCUCGCCGUCCGAUAUCGACUUUUACCAGGUUCCUGCCUUGCUCCGCUUGUAUAUGAGGAUAACAGGUGCACCCA